CACCAAAAGCUCAAAAAGCGCCCAUUGCAACCCCGCGACAUUCGUACGGGCAUCUGGGGCAUCGUACACCAGAACGAACCCUUACUCUCAUUUACAUACACUUCACUAUGGCGGGCGUAUCAACGAACCUCCUCUACGUCGACUACAAAAAGGCAGACAGGCUCGCCUUUGCGCCACCCCUUAAGGAGUAUAUCGCUCAGUCGUAUGCAGAGGACCCCGAUGUCUAUAUCGACGACUUUAGGAACUUGGAGGGACUCAGGGGGGAUGUGGUCGCGCCUGAUACCCAUGUGGCGAGUUUGAAUAAGUUGCUUAGGUACUACGGACAACUGAUGCAUCUGAGCUCCAAGUUUCCCAUGGAUGAGAACCAUAUCAAAAUAUGUUUCUGCUGGUACAACGCGUUCGGCAAAGACAAGGAUCGGAAAUCGGUCUCGAGCUACAACGUCAAGUUUGAAAUCGCAUCCAUCAUCUUCGACAUUGGCGCCAUGUACAGCCAGCUCGCCGUUGCGGAGAACAGGGGCACCGGGGACGGGCUGAAGCGCGCUUCUAUAUACUUCCAGCAAGCGGCCGGCGCAUUCAAGCACAUUCAGGAUUCCGCGCUAGAAUGGGGUCUGCCGAGCGCAACGGAUCUGCAAGCGCCUACCCUGACGGCGUUGACCAAUCUGAUGCUUGCGCAAGCGCAGGAAUGUUUUUGGUACAAGGCGGUUGUCGACAAGAUGAAAGAUGCGGUAAUCGCCCGGCUGGCUGCACAAGCCGCAGAGUAUUACGACGUUGCUCAUCAGAGCGCUGUAGGCGCCUCGGGAACAUUCACAGACGCAUGGGCCGGCCAGAUGCAAAUCAAAGCCAACCAUUUCCGAGCCGCGGCGCAGUACCGCAAAGCCCUGGACUGCCAAGGCACCGCAAAGUACGGCGAGGGCGUGGCUCGGUUGCAGUAUGCGCUGGGGUUCAUUAAGAAGGCGAUGGAGGGGUCGUCGUUCAAGAAGGCGACGCAGUAUGUCCAGGCGGAUUUGAAGAAUCUGCAACAAACAUUACAAGCGGCGUUGGCCAGUGCGGAAAAGGACAAUGAUACCGUCUACAUGGAACCCGUAACACGCACAGAAGCCCUCCAACCCAUCGGCGCCGCGAACAUGGUCACCCCACACUCCUUCCCCGCCCCCUCCCAAAUCACCGACAUUGUCGGCCCACCCCUCUUUGCGAAACUCGUCCCCUUCUCCGUCCACCAAUCCGUCUCCGUCUACACCCACAAAAAAGAAGCGCUCGUAAACUCGCUAGUGACAAAAUUGACCGAAGCGACCGCGGUGGCGCAGAGUACCCUAGCAAGCAUGAACCUGCCUGCUGCGAUUGAGGCCCUGGAACAGCCGAUUGGACUGCCGAAGACGGUGAUUGAGCAUUCGGAGGAGGUCCGACAGCAGGGCGGCGCGCAGUCGUUGCAUGAUACGUGGGCGACGAUCACGGCGUUGGCGGAGAAGGAUAAUGGAAUCCUCGUCGAGGCAAUCCGAACUCUCGACGAAGAAUCAGCAGAAGACGAAAACAUGCGCGCCCAGUUCGGACCGCGCUGGACGGGUCCGCGGUCGGCGGAGCUGACUCCUAAUCUACGUGAGAGCGCGAAGGUGUAUCGCCAGAAACUGGAUACGGCAAAGAAGAGUGAUCUGCUGAUUAAGGCGAAGUUGGAGAAGAAUUUGCAUUUUAUUGAGAGCUUGGGGUUGACCAAGCCGGAACUUGAAGCCUCCAUCCCCUCCAGCACACAAUCCUCCACCCUGGUCACCCGGGACCCCAACGUCAAACAGCUCAAACAGCUCCUCGACCAGCUCAACAAGAACAUCAAGCGGCGGGCACCUCUGGUCGCCGAGAUCAAAACGGCGGCUGCGGCGGAUGAUAUUGCGCCCAAGCUGGUCGAUGCGGCGAAUCGCAAGGAGGGUGCGGGGGAUGACGAGGGGUUGUUUGCGGAGCAGUUGGGGAGGUACGAGGCUUUCGAGGGGACGGUGAGGGAAUUGGUGGAGGAGCAGGAGUUGGUUUUGCAUGAGAUUCGGGAAACAAACGACCUCUUCCACGCCUCUCACCAAACAACCACCCUCAUCCGCGAACGCGAACAAGCCCUCCAAAACCUCGACAACGCCUACAAAGCCUUCCGGGAAAUUUCCCAAAACAUGGCCGAGGGGCUGAAAUUCUAUACGGAUUUCCAAAGUGUGUUGUUGAGGUUCCAGAGCAAUUGCAGGGAUUUUGCGAGUGCGAGGAGUGUGGAUAAACGGGAUCAGGUGGGGGGGUUGAUGAGGACUGCGGCGGGGAUUGGGGGUGGGGGUUCAGCGACAGGGGGGCCGGCGUUGCCACCGAGGCAUGCAGGGCAGGGACAGCAGGGCGGCGGGUACUACCAACAGCAACAGCCCCCGCAGGGGCAGGGGCAGGGUCAAGAGGGGUAUGCACAACCUGGCGUCUGGACACCCAACCAAGCCCCAUCCUACUCGUCCACUCCAUACGGUCAACAACCACCACCACCACACCAACAACCUCCCCAGCAAUACCAACACCAAAAUCAACCACAACAACAACAACAGCCCAACCCCUUCUCCCCAAACGUCGCGUACAGCUCGCAGCCGUUGACGUCUAUGCCCCCGCCUAUGAAUGCUCAGGGGCAAAGUGGGAGUGGCGGGUAUCGGCCUUAUGGGGCGUGAGGGUGUGGUGAUGUAGGGGACAAGGAGGGGACUCGGACGAUAGCUCAGGAUUGGGUGGGGUUUGGACGGUCGGAGAUGUAUACUAUAUUUUGUUUCCAUGUUUCCUAAGGCAGGAACAUUCACUGUGCGAGGUAGAUGGAAUAAAUUUCAGCAGCGAUUCCGGACGUCCGAUUUGUAAGUCAAAGCGGCAAUAUCACAUUUGGGUUCUUGGAGGAAUGUACUGUACGUCUAGAAUCGACAAUUCAAAAAACUGGCAAAACCGCUCAUCCCCGAGAACUUGGGUGUAAAUGUACAAAAAAAAAAAGGAGAUCAAUGCCCCCUCUCACAACCGCCCCAUCUCAAAAAUCCCCAUCAAGAUCCUCCCACCCCGCCGCCGUCCCGCCCGCACUAGCCCCACCCCCACUCCCACUCCCGCCCGC